AUGCCUGUAGUCUCUGAGCAGCCUGAUGACGCGAAUCUCGCUUUUUACUCGACUGAUGUUGGAAACAUUGGACAGAUUCAAGAUGGGUUUGUCGAUUCUGGUAUUACCCACGAUUUUAAUUGCGUAGUAGAAUUCCCCGUUGUUACUGGUCAAAUUGGAGAUCUGGUGGUCGGUCUGAGUGGCUACCAAAAGCACCUUGCCGAACCUGCCUGUUCCCAGCUUCUUGACGCUUUUGAAUUCGCUCAGAUGGAAUUCAUUAUCCAUUCUUGGAGAACAAAACUUGACACAGAAAUCCUAUAG